GGCGUGAGCCACAGCACCUGGCUGCAUGUUAUGUUUCUUAUGUGUCUUUACAGAAAUAGUCUUGACACAAAAUAUACAUAUACCUAUUGAUACACAGUUUAAGUUCCUCCCAGGAUGAUUUUUUUCAUGUUUCUUUUGCUUUGUAAUACUGUAUUGAAAACUUGUGUACUUUUUUUUCUAUAACCAUAUUUAGAUAAAUUUCCAAAAGCAAAACUGUUAGGUCAAAGGGCAUGUAUCUUUUAAAUGAGAAUAGAGGUGAACGCAUUGUUCUCCCAAAGGUUGCACCAAUUUGCAGGAUAAAUCUUUUAUUUUCAGAAGGAUUCCCGGACUCAGCUGAGUCUGAUGCAGCAGGUAGCUAUCCACGUCUACUAACCCACAGGAACCUCAGGGGCCUCUGCCUGGAGGAAUGACAUGAACUGUGAGAAAGAGAAGAAUGUAAAAGGUAUUUAAGGUGUUCGGAGAGAGAAAAGGAUAGGUACUAGCUUAGUAGGGAAUCCUCAGUUUACAAGGAGAGUGCUUUGGGUCACAGGAGGUCGCAGAUCCUGAUCUGGUUUUGAAGAAAGCGAGACAACCCUGGGGCAUAAGAUAAUGUGAGAAAAUCCUGCUCUAGAUCAGGCAAACCACUUCCUGGAUGUGACCUGCUCCUGUAGUAGAAGUCGUAGAGUAAUUUUGAGUGAAGCAUCAUAAUAGCACUGAGAUGCUGUUCAUUUUAAACACCACCUCCAAUGUGAGUCAUGGUGGAGUCAGAUGUGUGUAUGUGUGUGUAAUGCAUAUGUCGAAAGCCAUGUUUAAAGGGAAAGGAUUACGUCUCAGUAGUCUCUCCCGGAGACUGCACCUCUUGUCAGUGUCUGAGGAAUAACUCAAGUAGACCAGGGGUUGGGUGCCGUGGGGAAGUUGCCAUCUCAAUGGCGGGUUCCAUCUAAUCUGGCCAUCUGUCUGCUUUCAUUUUUCCCUCUAUUGGCAAUGGGAUAGGAGAGCAUCUUGUAGACACACUAAAAAGUUGAGUCCAUUCACAUCUGGGAAGUUCAAGUCUAUUGAAAGCAGAGAAGAACUGGAGGAUAUCUUGGGUCUCUAUGUCAGUGGGGUAUCCAGAUCUUACAGGCUGGCUAAGAAGGAUGGGGAUGUGUAUUGUGUGUUUAAUGGGAGCCACCCAGAGUCCAGAAACAUUGUAGAGAGGCAAGAACCUCGGGUUCGGACUACAUAUGUGAGCGAGGAGGAACUUGUUCUAACUUGGCCCUUGGGAACUAAAGUGUCCUCUCAAACUGGUCAUGCUUGAGGCAUGUCACAUGUGCCCAGGUUGAAGACAGCCAGGAAUAAGAGUAGUCCUAAAGACCAUUAGCUCUGAAUUGGAUCAUUGUCUAUGUUUAAUCAAAAUAAUUAAAUGAGCCAAACAGUGAGCUUUGAGGCAGUUGUCACAUCAUUCUGUAUUAGAAACUUGGGCAGGUUUUUAAAAAGAUAUUUGUGACUGAGACACAGAAUGUGAGGUAGGGGUACUGAACUGGGCUAUGGGUGAAUGGAUGGGAAUAUAUGAAGCCCAGGGAAGAAUAGGGAAGGAAGCAGUGAUCCUGAAUGUAUUUUAGGAGCUAAGCUGGAGAUGAAGCAAAAUAUCUAGUGACCAAGAUAUUUUCAGACUAGGAAGGCAGCCAUAAAAAUAGGUAAAGACAAGUUGGAGCCCAAAUUUAAAGGCAAAACCUGAAGAAAAAUGAACACGCUUAGCCAUGUGGAACUGAAUUAUGUAUGCCUUACUGGUCAGUCUGAUUUUAAAAAUCUUAUUGUAGUUUUAAAAUAUUCAUUUUAGGAGUUAUAAAUAGAAUUAGCAAAAUGACCUAGCAAAGAAAGUAUAUACGUCUCAUAUACAGAGUGUACUAUUGACUUAACAUUUGGUUUAAGGCAAGAUCCAUUUGCUGGAAUUUAUUAUUUAACAUGACUUAAGACCUUUACUUGAACUGAGCCAGAGGAUAGAGGCUAUGCAAUAUUAACUUUGGUAGACACUGUUCCUCCUAAAUAUUACAGUAGAGUUUUCACAGAGUAGGCUUUGACUAGCCUUUAUUAGGCUGACAAAAUUCUCCCUCUUUUCCAAACCCCACUGCCCUUUUCUCUCCAUCCCACCCCUCAACACAGAGUUAAAUAAACACCACUUAAGCCACAUAGCAAUUUUGAGAUCUUUGCAUUUGUUAUUUAAUGUCAAAGGCAGGAAACCCCUGGUCCCCUAGAACAGUCUGGCCUUAGUUUUUCAUAUGACUUGUGGCAAUUCAAAUAUUUGAGAAUCUGCGCCUACAAAUAUGGUCAAAAGGGAUUUAAAGAUGAGUGACAGCAAGAAAACUUGUAAUCUACUGCAAAGGUUAAGUACUCAAUUAUAAUACAAAGCAGAUUAUGAUCACAAAAGGGCAGGAGGAAAAUAUUAAAUCUCUUCUGUUUGCCAUGACAUCUUGUCCUUUUCUGAUUUCAUUAAAUCCCAAAAGGAAUUUCCUUAGGUGAGACCAGAGUCCCAAAAAGGUUAAUUUACUUGCCCCAGGUCAUAUAGCUGCUAAGAGGCAGAGCUGGGAUUUGAUUAGGUCUGGUUGUCUAUGCUUGUCUCCUCAGAGAGGUGCCUAAGGCGCUGUCACCGAUGGGCUCCAGUGCUGUUUCCUCUGUCCCUUUCUCUCCGUGUUCAUCAGGACAUCUGUGUUUGAAGGUCCCUAGGAACCUUAAGGUGAUCAUGUCUGAGGCUUAAAACUCCUUGUGCCUGUCUUGUGAAUAAUCUUAGCUACCAGAAGGAAUGAAACAGAAGGGGGUUUUCCUUGACUCGCCCCUUCACCCCCACAUCCAGGUGAUGUCAAGUCCUCUCAUUCCGCUUCCUUCAUAGACCUCUCGUGACCACCCUACAUCCAGCCUUCACCAGCUCUUGCCAUAGAUUGCUGUAGCAGGCUCCAGUUGGCUCCAUGGAAAUGCAUUUUCCAUCUUGGUUUCUCAGAAGGACUUGUUUAAAACAAGGAUGUGAUCAUCCUAAUCCUCUAUGCGGCUGCCAAGUGACCUGCAGGAUGAACCCCAAGCACCUCUGCAUGAUUUAAGUGGGACCCUCUGGGUGUGACCCAUCUACCAUCCCAGUCUUCACCUGCACCAAGUCCUCCAAAUCCUUACUUCUCUGUCUGAUUCACCUUCUGACAAGCCUUUCUUUCGGCUUUCUUUGACUUUUUCCCCUCCCCCUUUCCUCCUGUCUCCCCCUUAGCAGCCCCUCCCAAGUGCUCACAUAGCACCAAGUACUCUGCUGACACUUAUCAGUGGCUGGCAUUGUGUCUCUCCCCCCGGCCACUAGGCCAGGAGGCGGCUGUGCCCCUUUGCCUCCCCAGCACGCCUUGCCGCGCCUGACACUAGGAGGCACCCAGCAAGUGUCUGUCUCAUGAAUGAAUCAACAGAGAGUCUCCUGACUGCUCACUGUCUUUAAGCCACUUCCCUUCCCUUGGCGCUGGCUGGCCCCUUUGCUCUGCCUUCAUCACAUUGGUGUUUCCUGUGCCCAGUCCACUGCUGGCAUUUGCUCUGCCUAGCAAGGUUUGUUGAGCCGAGCCCUUUUCCUUAUUGGUAAAGAGAGAGUACCAGACCGAGUAUCUGUCCUCUUGCAGUCCCAGAGUCGGGGUGAUUGAUAGCAGGCGCCCUUCUAGUCGACCUCCCUGCAAAGAUACAGAAUGUGGAUCUCUUCUGCUGGCAGCACAAAGAGCCCAUUUGUACAGCAGAGUGUUGAAUACGGUGCAUUAUUACUGACGUUUGUACUGGGUCCAGUGCAGGGUGUGGAGUUUCUCUGAGACAAACACAGGAAUACCCCGAGAUAAUGUGAGCAGUAUCUCCAAAGUCCAGGCUGAGUCAUAUGGUAGGUGCUGUUUGGAAUAUCUAGCCUGCCUGCCUUGCAGAUUCAGAUGCCUCGGGCAGGAGGGUGAACUGGCUGCCGAUCCUGCUGUGCUCCUGGGUUUGCUGUGUGGCCCUUGUUAUACCCAGGGUAAGGAGAUGAACUUGACCUUGUGACCUUCCCUGAUUGAGCAUCCCUACAUCGCAAGCCUUUCCCACCCCCAAGAGGUCAUCGCAGCAGUAGAACGUCAUGACAUGAAUACCUUAAGCCUGCCCCUGAACAUACGCCGAGGGGGGUCAGACACCAACCUCAACUUUGAUGUACCAGAUGGCGUCCUGGACUUCCACAAGGUCAAACUCACUGCAGACAGCCUGAAGCAAAAAAUUCUAAAGGUAACAGAGCAGAUAAAAAUUGAGCAAACAUCGCGCGAUGGGAACGUUGCGGAGUAUCUGAAACUAGUGAACAGCGCGGACAAGCAGCAGGCGGGACGUAUCAAGCAAGUCUUUGAGAAGAAGAAUCAGAAAUCAGCUCACUCCAUCGCCCAGCUGCAGAAGAAGUUAGAGCAGUAUCAUCGAAAGCUCAGAGAGAUCGAGCAGAAUGGAGCCUCCAGGAGCUCCAAGGACAUUUCCAAAGACCACCUGAAGGAUAUACAUCGCUCUUUGAAAGAUGCCCACGUGAAAUCUCGAACUGCUCCCCAUUGCAUGGAGAGCAGCAAAUCGGGCAUGCCAGGGGUCUCGCUCACUCCACCUGUGUUUGUUUUCAAUAAAUCCAGAGAGUUUGCCAACCUGAUCCGGAAUAAGUUUGGCAGCGCCGACAACAUUGCUCACUUGAAAAAUUCCUUAGAGGAGUUUAGGCCAGAGGCGAGUGCCAGGGCCUAUGGGGGCAGCGCUACCAUCGUGAACAAACCCAAGUAUGGCAGUGAUGAUGAAUGUUCGAGUGGCACGUCAGGCUCGGCCGACAGUAACGGAAACCAGUCGUUCGGGGCUGGUGGAGCCAGCACGCUGGACAGCCAGGGGAAGCUCGCCGUGAUCCUGGAGGAACUGAGGGAGAUCAAGGAUACCCAAGCUCAACUGGCUGAGGACAUCGAGGCGCUGAAGGUGCAGUUUAAGAGAGAAUAUGGUUUUAUUUCCCAGACCCUGCAAGAGGAAAGAUACAGGUAUGAGCGACUGGAGGACCAGCUGCAUGACCUGACGGACCUGCAUCAGCAUGAGACGGCCAACCUGAAGCAGGAGCUGGCCAGCAUUGAGGAGAAGGUGGCCUACCAGGCCUACGAGCGCUCACGGGACAUCCAGGAAGCCUUGGAGUCCUGCCAGACUCGCAUUUCUAAGCUGGAGCUCCACCAGCAAGAGCAGCAAGCUCUGCAGACAGACACCGUGAAUGCUAAAGUUCUCCUGGGGAAGUGCAUCAACGUGAUCCUGGCCUUCAUGACUGUCAUCUUAGUGUGUGUGUCCACCAUUGCGAAGUUCGUCUCGCCCAUGAUGAAGAGCCGCUGCCACAUUCUUGGCACCUUCUUUGCCGUGACUCUUCUUGCUAUAUUUUGUAAAAACUGGGACCAUAUCCUGUGUGCCAUAGAAAGGAUAAUAAUACCAAGAUGAAGCCGCUGGUUCCUGCCUUCAAGUUCUUUCAAGUUUUUAUUUUAAAGAAAACUCUGUGCAUAUUACCAAAUUUUACAAUGAAUGAUUGUGCGGACUCGUGUGCAAGAAAAACUAGGGCUGUGUGGUGUAAAUAACUACAAUUCUCUUAACUCGGUAGCAGUUGCCAACUCAGUCCUUGUACUUUGUUAACACGAAUCUAUUUCAGAGCUCUCCUACCUUGCUCACUGCCUUAAUCAGACCGAUUUCCUGCCCACCUGACUAGCCCAGCGUGGUAAACCUCUGUAUAUCGAGACCUUGGCGUAAUUGGUGAUCCAGAAGAAAGGUCUCUCUCCUAAGUCUCUGUCAGAAUGGAGCUUCACAAUUGCUAAUGGUUGUUUUCUGUGAGUCCUAUAAAAAGCAAGGAUAUGCAUGAUUCAGGGAAUGAAGAACCACAGGCUUGGGCAGUGUUAAACACUGUGGCCUUUGGUCCCCAUGUGAUCCACCCUGCUUGUCUCCAGGCAACCAUAGGUCCCGUCAUGUACUCAGUGUCCACAGCGGUCAGUCGUUUGUGACCCUGUAAGAUGGAAAUCUUAUCACACACCUGUUAUCCAACAAGUCUACCUGAGGGGUUUUGUUACACUUUAAAUGGUAAGACAUAGGGAUUUAUGAAUGGAGCUUUCCCCUUCUCAUAUGCAGGAAACAGACACCUGAUUUUACCUGAACUGGCCAGCAAAUGGCCAGCCUUCAGAGUGUGCAGGAAUGUUUUCAGAUCCCUCAUCAGACUGUGACUUUAACAUUAAUUUGGAAUCCCAUGAGCACUACUCUGAAGGUUUGUGUUUUGGCAAAUCUUUUUUUUUGUUUUGUUUUGUUGUUUUGAAACAGUGUUCUGCUAAAUAUUGCCCAGGCUGGUCGCAAACUCCUUGCCUCAAGGGAUCCUCCCACCUCAACCUCCUGAGCAGCUAGGACUGCAGGCACAAGCCACCAUGCCUGGCUGUUUUUUUGGCAAAUCUUGAUUGUGAUAAGCCCCCCUGGAGGAUAUGAUUCACUUUAUGUGAUUCAUUUUAUUCACAGGUCUGUGAGGGACUGCAAAGCUUACUCAGGAAAUGAAAACAAAUGACGGUCAUGUUGCAGUUUUUUCCUUGAAGGACGACGGAAUCAUAGCCUCUAAAGUUAAAGUGGACUGAGGUGUCAGAACACUGAAAGCAUGAGGAAACGAGGACAUGGGGUGUGACUGAGUGGCAGCUAGAUUAGUGGGGGCAAUUUACCUGGAUGAAGAUUGAGUGUCCUUUUCAAGAUGUGAAAGGCUAGCAAGAAUAAAAUAAAUAAGUCCAGUGUUUGAGCCAAGGUGGACCCCUGUCUCUUAACAUCUCACUGAACGUAAGUCCUGAGGUACUAGGAUGGCCACACUGCCUCUGCGCUGAAAGCAUUCAAAAGUUCACAUCCCUGUGUGGGGGAUACCGUUCACCACCUUCAGCCUAGAUGAUACUUUCCUUUAAAUCUGUGUCUCUGUGUAUAUAACAAAGAGGAAGAUGUAAACAAUGUUCAUGGAAACUGCUGUUGAGCCCCUUGUCCCACCACUCCCGCCAGCUGCUGCAGGCAGGAAGGCAUGUGAGUGCACAUUUUCUUCCGGAAGAUAUCAGGUCUCUUGGAUUCAAAUUAAGUGCAAUAUUUUGCAAACAGCUCUUCUUAGGGAAAUCUCCUGAAGGAAAAAAAUGUGACAGAAUGUGCCAUAGUCUGAGAGAAUGGAAUAGUUGAGCAUUUAGUACAAAGUCCAGUGUGUAUGAGUUGGACUUAUGCAGCUCAAGCUUGCUUUUUUUUUUUAAGUGUGCAAUUCAGUGGUUUUAGUAAAUUCACAAACUUGUUCAACCAUCACCACUAUCUAAUUCCAGACUCAUGCUUUUUUAAACAAUAAAUGUCAUUUCAUGAAAUCUUUGGUGAUAAAGUAUUUUGGAUUCAGGGAAGAGGGAAUUACCAGUCCCACUCCGAUCUCAUGACUGUCUCUCCUUUCAUUGUCAGACUCCCCCUGGUCUCCCACGUUGAUGUGUAUACACUGAUCGUUCAAGUCCAGGGGACAGAUAAGGAGACCAGGUGCAAGGCAGGGAGGCAGAGAGAAUGUUGUGCUUCCUUCAGCUUUUGUAUUUCCAUGGCCAGCAUUACCCUUUACCUGUGGGCAUCAGACUGAGCGUGGGCUGAGAGCUGAGUGUAACUUACACUCCUAAAUCAAGCUGGGGCCUGGAUGGGCCCCUCUUGGUAUCUGUGAAUCUUUCCAAGCACCACUUUGGACACACCAGGUAUUGAGUGCUGCUGUUAGUUUAGAGAAUGAGAGAUUUCUAACCCUUAGGUGAAGGGCUCUGGGAUGGUCCAAGAAGAUGUAGGCCUCAUUCUCACACUAGCUCACACCAUUCCAGUGCUCAGCCUAGCAAAUGUGCUUUAAUGCACACUUCUCAGACCUGCGAUCCGUGUAUCUUCUCCUCAGUGACAGAAGUAGAGAAGAGAAUGAAAAGUAGCACACUCUGUCCCCUCUAGUCUGGAGCUGUUUUCAGAACCUGCUAGAAACUAGCUUUAUUCUAACAUACUGUAGGGUCUAAAUCCUCCUACCUGGAUCAUGAAUUCCUUUUAAAGAGUUCAUAUUUUCAUUGACUUUCACUAAAUGUCAAAUAACCUUGUUUUCACUUCGAUAGGCUCAACCUACCUGGCAUAUUUAUUUCGCAGUCUUGUUGAAAGUUCAUGAAACUUCGUACUUUUUAAUAAGAUGAUACACUCGAAAGAAACCUAAUCUCUGCAGUUUAUUCUCUCUUAAGGAAUAAACACUCCCACUGUUAUCUUUAAUGCGUAAGGAGAUUAAAUGACAUUUUAGAAAUAUUACAAUUAAAAAUAGUGAUGUGUAGCUAUAACAUAUGCUGGAAUUGGAUAUUUAUGUUUGUGUCAACUAUAAUCCUUUCUCCACACCUUUCAUUUAUGGUAAACAUCUUGGGCCAAGCCCAAGAUGAAAGUGCUUGUUGGGUGGGUAAGCACCGUCUGGUCGCUCAGCAAACAUUCCUGAGUGUCGAUGCUGGACAUUGGAUUCUAGCACUGCGUUUAUCUGGUGACAUACUGUCCUGUGGGUCUUGAGUUGGUUAUUUCAAGUUCAAACUUUGAAUAUGAUUAAACCGGAACACCAUCCCUCGCCCACCACCAAAAAAAAAAAAGAAACCAAAAAUGGAAACCCAUAGUGAAACAGCAAAAAAGCACUUCGUUGCUGGGUUUGGACAAUGAAUGUGGGAUUAGUCCCAAGUUUCUAGCUUGGAACAGUAGCCUCUGCCUGCGUGAUCCUUGUCAGCUAUUCACAGAAGGAAAUCUGAAACUCCGUCUUUCAUUUCAGCCGUGGAGGCUGUUAUCCUUCUCUGUCAAUUAGCAUUCAUGUGGUUUUCGCUCUUUCUAGCUCUGUCACUCUUGUUUUCAAUUAAAUAUUGCCCCACUCUGUGUGUUUAUUGCCUUGCCAUUUCUCUAGCAUAUCAGGUUUAAUUACGGGCUCAGUAAUAAUGAGGAACUAGCUUCUCUCAGGCAACUAAUUACUUUUGUCUUUUUUGGUCGGAUUGUGCCAAAUUAUUUUGCAUUGAAUGGGAACGUUUUUGCAGUGAAUCCAGAUAUUGUUGUAUUGGUUUGGAAAAACAUUUAAAUAUAUUUAUUCAUGCGAACAUGUGUGAUUAAACAACCUAUUUUACAUGUUUCUGUAAUUCUGAGGAGUGGGCUGGGGGUAGGAAGAAAUGGCAUCACUUAAAAUUCAGGGCUUAUGUGAAGAGGUGUUUUAAAGUUAGCAUAUGCACAAAGGAAUGAGUUGGUUUAAAAAGAUAAAUCACUGCAAAGAAUGAAAUUGGCUUAUUCACAUCAAAACUAGAUAAGAUGUUAAAAAAAAGAUAUGAAACAGAACCUAUAGUUUCCUGAAAUCAGUACAAUUCUAUUUAUAAGAAGCUGGAAAGCAAUGCACCUUGAUUGUUUUAGGAAUGAUUUAUGUGUUGCAAUUUUAAUUUAUUUAAAGCAUGUCUACUGUGUUUGUCCUAAGAGAAAUAUUUCAACAAAACGUGCUCUGUGUUUAAGAUAUGUUUAGGCAGUAGUUAGCAACUCUGAAAGUAGAAACUGGAAAUGUUUAUUGUGAGGCUUGUUGCAGAAUUUCCAUUUUGUGAGUUACUUCUUAGUUUCAUGUCAGCCUAAAAUUGUGAAUUCCCUGUAGAUUUUCGCCCCAUUGUGGUGUCAUCAAUGAAUUCAAAGCAGGUGCCAUUAUUUUUUUAAAUAAACACUUGAUGUUAGCUUUGGGUGUUAAAUAAAGAGGUAGAUUUCUUAAAUUUUCA